UAUCACCAUUAAUUAUAUGGCAUGCAUCUCAAGGCUGCAACGCAAAUAUCACAGUAGAAAUCUGAAAUUCCAUUUAACAUUUAGCUUUAUUCUAUUAAAAAUCAUACUGACAUUACUUGUCAUUGAUUAUUUAAUCAGCAUGAAAAUCGAUCAAAAGAGUUUGACUUCGACGUCGCGAACGUCACGUAUCCGAGAAAGUAUAAACACUACGUGAAAAGACGUGACGCCGUCGCUUAGUAACAAAUAAGCGCUGGUGAAUCUGCGAGUCAGCAUUAUAACAUUCACCGGCUUCAUAAUUUCGUUUAUCGUUCGACAUUUUUUUAUUUUUAAAAAAAUAAUGGCUCAUAAGGGUGACAAAGACCAAGAAAUGGGCAACAUCAACAGAGUUGUUAUUAAGCCGGGGCAUUUGAAAGAAAUUCACCAAAAAGUUAGGGUGCUAAACUUCCGCACGCUUAUUGAUAACCUUCCAACCAGCAUUGACGAAAGCUCUUCGACUGUUUUGAAGUACAAAACACCAAAUUUUAGAGCUAGCGCCACGGUGGAAAUGGCACCGCUGUCAGAGCAACACAAGUGGAAGAUCGGCUGGAUCCAGGCGUGCACUGACAUGACCUUCCAUAACACGUACAGCGACGAGGGAUACACGAGCUGGGAGUUCCCGGAGCUGAGUUCCGGUACACAAAACAUGAUCAGCGACUGUGACGGGCACCACUAUCCCUGGUAUGGCUCCCGGAACGAGACAGUGACAUUCGAGGGUCCAUGCAAGAUGUACCAGACGGCCACCGUUACCAUGAACGACAACUUCCACCCGCAUGUCACCUGGAGAAAUCCCGCCAUGAGGAGCCAAGGUCCCCCGAACUUGACCCAUAUCACCCGGGAUCAGACUUUCAACGUCUGGCUUGUGGUCUGGAACAUGACCACGCAGAAAGCCUACAUUCUCAAGAACAUCCGAUGGAACAUGCAGCUAAAUAUUGACGUUGACCCCUCGAAACCUCUCGGUCAGAGAGCGAAGCUGAUGAGCAAUCCGGUUCCCCGCCAACCGGAAGUCCUCGAACACCACGUUCCCAUUCCUAAAUGUGCCCUCAUGCCGCCUAACGCCAACAGCGCCCAGAUGCUUGUGUGGCGCCCGCGCGUGGGCCAGCCCAUGUGCAUCAUCCCGCCCGUGUGGAAGAAGGACGUACCCAUUGAUAAACAAGUUCCUAGAUACGACAGCAAACUUACCAAACUUUAACUCGGCAACUAAGAUAGACAUUUAUUCGUUGAAUUAACUCAAUAGAUAGAUCUAAUCAAUUUUUAGAUAUAUUUUUGAGAAAUUAUUUAAAUUUUAGGGAAAUUUUUACUU